AAAGCUUAGACUUUAUUACUUGGACUUAGCAGGUACGACAGCAUCCUUUAAUCCUCGCUUUUGACAUGGCACGACGUCACCACAAAGUUUAGGCAAGGGGAAAAAAAAAAAAAAAAGCUGCUUUGAAAAAGAACUGUGGAAUAACAAUGAGAAGGCCCUCUCCUUGGGAGACAGGUUACGGGUAUAACGAGGGCAGCAGCGCGAAGGAAACUCGCUCGGUGUCCCCCGUGUGCGGGCAAGGAGCGGAGGGAGGGGAUGGGAGAGGGGGAGCCGGGGGGGGACGGGGACGCGCCCGCCCGGAGCGCGCUUCCUGCUCGCCGCUGCCUUUAAGGAGGCGCCGGGUUUAAGGUGGACCGGCGAUGAGGGCGGGGCGCGCCCGCCCGGCUCCGCCCGCCGCGUCGCCCUCCGGUCCGCCCCCCUCGCCGGGGCAGCGGGUGCCAGGCGGGGUUGUGAUGCGGCCGUUGUUUUUGUAGGGUCGCGGGGCCGCGGUGCGGAGGUAGCGAGGCGGCCCAUGGAGCUGGGGUACGCCUGGCAGGCGGCGUAGCCCUGCUCGCCCCCGCUCCCUUCCGCCGCUUUGUUAGCGCCAACACAAGCGCGCCUCACCUACACGGUGAAGAGGAAGGCAGCGCUCCCCGCACAAUAAUGGGCACCCGGGCGCUGCCCCCCGGGCCGCCGCAGAGGUGAGUCGGCGCCGCCGCAGGGCCGCAGGUUCCCCGCGGGGAGGAAGCAGAGCGAGCGGGCGGGCUGACAGCGCCGCGGCGCUGCCUUAAGAGCGGGGCGCCACCUUAAGCGGCCGCUGACUUUUCUCGUUACAUUGUAGCAGCGGAAAGAAUGUCGGCGCGGGCCGCGGGUGACGUCAGGAGGGAGCAGCGCGGCGCGGCCGCCAGGCAGCGGCAGCGGCGGCCCCGCCACGGCGAGGGAGGAGGCGGAGGAGGCGGGAGCGGCGCCGGCCCCGCCGCCACCGCAGCGGCAAUGGCGGCCGUCGGGGAGCGCAGGUCCCUGCCCAGCCCCGAGGCGAUGUUGGGGCAGCCCUGGAGCCACUGGGUCGAUGCUGCUAAACUUCACGGGAACGACGGAACAGCAUUAGAAGAAAGUUUCAAGGAAUACGGGAGAAACCGAGAAGCAAUGCGGCUUUGCCGAGAAGAAAGAAGACACAGCUCCUCCAGCAAGCCGCCUUUGACUCCUCCCUCCUCUUCAGUAUUUUCCCUCAUUUCAUCUUUCCCUUCAAAAAACAAAGGUAGCAGUGGAAGUGGGAGCAGUCGUUCAUCCAGUGGAGGUACUAGCGCAUCAUCAUCAAAUUCCAAGUUGUUGAAAUCACCCAAAGACAAGCUGCAGAUCAGCGGAAACAACAGGUUAAUGCAUUCGGUACAGCACAGCAAAGUUCCCCAUGACAAAAUUAUGACUCCAUCUGUCAAAGUGGAAAAGAUUCAUCCAAAGAUAGAUGGUGCCCAACUGAAAGCUGCUGUUGGUCCAACUUGUUCUACUACUGUGAGUUCCUCAAUAAAGACUGGCCUUAAUUGUCCCUCAAUACCAAAGCCACCCUUGCCUUCCCCUGGACAGAUACUGAAUGGUAAAGGUCUUCUCUCUGUGCCUCCAUUUUUGGAAAAGAAACCUGAAGAAAAUACGAAUAAUAGGAAAUUUUUACAUAAAAGAUUGUCAGAGAGAGAAUUUGAUCCUGAUAUAUACUGUGGUGUCAUUGAUGUGGAAACCAGGAAACCUUGUACUAGGUCUUUAACAUGCAAGACACAUUCCUUAACCCAGCGGAGGGCUGUACAGGGUCGAAGAAAACGAUUUGAUGUGUUAUUAGCUGAGCACAAAAGCAAAACCAGGGAAAAGGAACUUCUUCGACAUUCGGAUCAUCAUCAGCAGAUGCCCCCUCUCAGGGAACCACAUCCCUCACCUACUAAAACUUCCCAGGAGCUGCACCAAAAUUCUCAUGGAGUUACUCUUACAGAAUCAAAGCCUUUAUUACCUAAUAAACCCAAACCUCACCCCCCCAGUCUUCCAAGGCCUCCAGGCUGUCCAGCCCAGCACAGUGGAAAUGCCCCCAGUGAGUCUCCUUCUGUCCACGAGUCCCCACACCCUCCCUUGCCUGCAGCUGAGCCAGCAUCUCGGUUAUCCAGUGAUGAGGGAGAAUGUGAUGAAAAAGAAGAGCCUGUUGAAAAACUGGAUUGUCAUUAUUCAGGUCAUCAUCCUCAACCAGCCGCUUUUUGCACAUUUGGUAGUCAGCAAAUUGGAAGAGGUUAUUACGUGUUUGACAAGCGGUGGAACCAUAUUCGAUGUGCACUUGACUUCAUGUUGGAGAAGCAUCUUAAUUCACAGAUGUGGAAGAAAAUUCCUCCAGCAUCCAGUAACACAGCAUCAGUCCGUGCCCCACAUCGGACAAACCUGACGCCUGCUUCUCAGCACGGUGUCAGUGCAGCAGGGUUCCUCUUACCCACCACGGUUAUGUCAUCGCCAGCGUUGGUCUCUCCUUCCUGUGUGUCUCUGAACAGCAAAUCGGUACCAUCCCACGGGACGACACUAAAUGCCAAUCCCGCGGCUCUGGGUGCAGUGGAUCCUGUCUGCAGUAUGCAAUCAAGACAAGUGUCUUCUUCCCCUUCAACACCUACAGUGCUUUCCUCUGUACCUUCACCUAUGGCCAGCAAACCUCAGAAAAUGAAAUCCAGCAAAUCUUUCAAACCUAAGGAAUCUUCUGCUGGCAGUGGCACCUGUAACAGCACCGGCAGCGUCAGUAGCAGCGGCGGCUCAGGAAAGAAGCGUAAAAACAGUUCCGCACUGCUCGCACCUUCUCAUUCCACAGAGUCCUUUAGAAAAAACUGUGUGGUUAACUCUGGAACCUCUGGGACCUCCUAUCAUCCGUCAGUGACAGCUUCGUCCCACAGCGUUGGCCUCAACUGUAUGACUAGCAAAGCUAACUCUGUUAGCCUCAAACAUGACCAAUCAGGGAGGGGUCCUCCAACUGGGAGCCCUGCAGAAUCCAUAAAGAGAAUGAGUGUGAUGAUGAACAGCAGCGACUCCACGCUCUCCUUAGGGCCAUUUGUUCAUCAGUCUAGUGAGCUGACUGUAAAUUCACACAGCAGUUUUUCACAUUCACAUACUUCCCUUGACAAAUUAAUAGGAAAGAAAAGAAAGUGCUCACCUGGUUCAAGCAGCAUCAACAGCAGCAGCAGCAAAUCAAACAAAGUUGCCAAAUUGACAUCGGUGAACAAUGUUCAUGCAAAACACACUGGUGCAAUCCCAGGGACGCAAGGACUGAUGAACAAUUCUCUGUUUCAUCAGCCAAAGGCCCGUCCCUGAUAGCUGAAGGCACCACGGUGAGAAACAAACUGGACAGUUUUCACUACAAGCAAAACCUCCAUCUGGAUUUCUGGACUCCAAGAUGCCUUGAGUUUUCCCAACUUCCCAUGGUCCUCAGGUGUGGAAAUCUACUGGACUGUCACUUAAACAAGGAAUUUCCCUGAAGCCAUGUCUGUAGCAGUGAAUAUACUAGAAAUGGACACUGGAUGAAGUUCAGCCACAUAAUUGCUCUUAUCAGUGUUAACAGUGGUCUGGACUGUUUGCUACAAAUCUGUGAGAUUUUCCUUACAGGAGUACAUCAUCUUGCCACUAUUUGACAUAGUUUGGCUGGGCAAACGAAUGUUUUCUGGGGGGAAAUAAACAUUACUGUGGACUUAUUUUUAUACUGAUGGUGUCUUUUGUAGGUGAUAGCUAACCAGACAGACACCCUCAAUGGAGAGGACCCCGUGACAAGGGGAAAAAUGUGUGAGGCACAAUGGAAAGAAGCCCUCAAGAAGGGAAUAUGGCUUUAGUGUUUUUAUAGCAAUGUUCCUUUAAUGGAAUAUCAAAAAAUAGCACAAUUCAAAAAAUAGUCUGUUUUGCCCAGCCUUUUGCAGGUAAUUUGGGAUAAGAAGCUAUCAGGAGUUUAAAACAAAACAAAUCCAACAAAACCAGAAAAACUUGUUUGAGGCCACUGCUUAGAAAACAAGUAUAAAAAUGCCGUAUUUGUGUGAUACAAAACCUAUUUUCUAUUCUUUUGAAUGAGAUUUUGUGGAAGAAAAGUUAAUUUUGUUCCUUAAUAAUUCCAAAAAUAUCAGACAAAGGCAAAUAACCUAUAAACUCUAUGCCCAAAGAACAUAUUUAUUGACCUAUACUGCAUACCACAGGCCUUUGCUUUUUUAAAAAAAAAACAAACUGUAUUGGUGAAAUUAGGCUGGAUUUGUCUUCCUCUUCCAGUGGAUAAAAUCAGCCCUUUUAAAAAUGAGUUUUUAAAUAUUUAAAUAUUUUUUAACAACCACAAAAGUCAGUUUUUUUCUGCCUUGUUUGUGUAACAAAAUUGUUGAUGUGUGACGCCUUCUACCACUCGCUAAGAUCUGGGGGUUUUUUAGUCCAAAUUCUGGAAUAAAUGCCAAUUUGACAGCAGAGUUCACUGUGAAGCACUGGUUUGUGCUUCACAGUCAUCCCAGGCUUUAUGAGCAUGGGGGGGCUUUGCAGUUUUGUCUAAUCCAGUCGAUUUUUAUGAAGUAUUUUGUCUUGCUUCAAAACACCUCAAAAAUUAAUUCCGCCAAAGGGCUCAUUGUAUUAUGGUUCAACUUAUCUGAAUGCUUUUGUUAAAUUUUUAAACAUCAGGUAAAGGCUCAAAACUGACUAAACUUUUAUUAAGGGGGCAAAGCAAAGGAAGAUGAAAUCCUAACAAAGAAGAUUUUUAUUUUCUGCCUUAAAGGGGCAUCAGCUAUUGCUGAGAAGAGACAAUCUGAGCCUGUCCAGCUGUUCACGUAGCCCAGCCUUCUCCCCAUUCUGGUGGCAAGUAGUAAGUACAUCAGGGAAUCCAAAGCCACUCUGAGUAGCAGUUGCUUAGUUGUUUACCUAACAGUGCUUUCAGUUUCUCCUGAACUUCCUAUGAAAUCAUUGUUAUACAGCAAAACAACAAGAAGCCUCUAUGCAGACACUUUAGCUUUGAAUUGAUACAAAAGAUCACACUGAGAAAGCAAUGUACUAGAGACUCUUAUUAUGCAAACUUAAAAAAAAAAUAGUAGACAACUUUUCAGGAACAAAAGGAUUCAUAUUUAAUAGGAUGCCCUGUUGAAAGGAUUGUUAGAACUGCAAUUGGUUUAGUGUAAAAGGAACCAAAGCGAAAUGCCACAAAAAGAAAUCCAAGUGUAUUAAAUCUUGCACGUUUGGAGAGAAAUCCAUGCUCUGAUGAAGUCCCUGGGGCAGAGCUUCCACUUCAGGAUAGCAUCAGUCACAAGUGCAAUUUGACUCUUGGUAGAAACAAAGGUAAAGGAAAGAGAAAUUUGGCAAGAUUGGAUGCUGACGAGUUUGUGAUUGAACUGUCCUCUGGUUUUUAAGGUUCUGUUGAUCUGAAAGCAAAAUGGCAAACUUGUGCUCCAUCAGUAGCAUGCAGGUGUGUACAAAGUGAAUUCCUGAUGGCUGCUCCUCCAGAGCCAGUGGGUGCAGCCACCUGCACCAGGUGGGCUUGAGCCACUGGAGCAAAGAGUCCGAGCAUAAAUUCUGCCUGCCCUAGACCUGCUCUGAAUAUUAUGUUUUAGAUCUUGGUUAUAAGCAGAACAUUGUUCCUGAAGCUUUUAUUGUCACAUAGUUCUUACUGUAAAUAAUUAAGGAAGCUUAAAAUUAAUUUUCCUUGCAAAAUUGAAUUUGCAGUGGCUGGGUUGUUUCUAGACAGAUUUUGGUAUUAAUUUAAGAGAUACAGUUUUUAUAGUCUUUCCAACUUCUCGUUAUGACUCCUGCAGUUUUCUUAACCUAAAAAAUUGCUGCAAUGAUGAACAAAGAAUUAUACAAGAAAAAAAACAUACUUUUGUAUCUUUAUUUUGGAAUUUCUUGUUCUAUUAUAAAUAUUGAAGUAUCCCUAUUUCAGAAGACAUAUUUUGUUAAUUGAUUGUACAUAUUUAAAUAUGUAUUUUUGCACAGGUCUUUUUUUCUUAUAUCCAGUUUUGGUACAAUUGAGAUCAUCUAGUAUUUAUUUAUUAAUUAAUUAAAAAAAAAAAAAAGCAAAUACCUUUUUAUAAUUUGAAGUGGUUCACUGCCAAGCCAAUAGUUAACAUGCCUACUUUGCAAUGUAAGGGAUGCCUCUGUUUUGUGAAAGCUGUGUCCCUUUUCCCUGUCUUGGGAGUGGGUGGAUCCACACCAAGGAUCACCGAGCCCGGAGCCCUCGUGGUUGAUGUGGCAUUGCUUAUCAGUUGCCUGACUCCCAGAAGAUCCAUUUAGUUAAGUGACACACUGCUUCUCUUUUUUUAGUGUUCGUGUGCGUGUGUGUGCGUGCGCAUCCGUGUGGGUCUCAUGUGGUUUAAAACUAACGGAAAAACUGAAAGUGCCUGAUAUAACUAGUUUUAAGCUUGGACUGUUUAGACAGCUUCUCCUUAAAAGACUUGAAUGUUCAGUUGAAAUUUUGGAGCUUGCUUUUUCCACCUAUAUAUAAUAUAUGUGUGUGUGUGUAUACACACACAUGCAUAUAGUUAUAUAUCUGAAAUUAAUGAGAUGGGUUGACAAAAGAAAGCAAAUUAUGCUGGUAGCUUUUGUAAAAUCUUUUCAUUUGAAUACCUUAUGUUGGAACAAUCCCAUUGAUAACUCAGUAUAAUGCCAAGGGUUUGAAAUAUGGUUUUAACCAGCAGUUUAUUUAACUGUCUCAUUUUGGGAAGGGGGGAGCAAUAUUCAUUAGUCAAAUAAUUUAGGAAAUGUUCCAAAUUGUUGGUAUUCCAAAACAAAGAAAAAAACCCCAAGUAAGUACCUCUUAAAACCAUGAAAAAAUAUAGAUGUGAUUUCCAAAUGACAUUUCUAAGGCAGUUGUCUUCCUGUAAGAGUUCUCUUGCCAAGGAAUCUCUCAUCUUUUACUCAUUCUGUCCUGGAGGAGGGAAUUGGGCUUAGAAAGAUUCUUAAAUGUUUCACUGUUCAUCAGAAAAUAAUCAUUUUUACCUUUUGUGCGAGAUAUUUUAUGUUUUAAAGAUAAUUUUGAAAUGAGCACUACAUAAUGUCAAUGUGAAUGUAGGCCUUGGAAGCAUCUUGCUCGGUGUUGAGCCUGGUUCUAAAAGCAAUCUCCUGUGUAAAAUGUGUGAAUAGUUUGAUAAUUUGUAUACAUAAUCAAGAGCAUCUGAUCAGCUGAACUCUGUGUUGGCUGCUGUAUAGUACAUGAACAAAUGUCAUGGGAUAGAAAAAUUACUUUGGAUAUUUAAAAGAAAAAUAAAUAUAUAGUCUAUU